AGCACACUUCUAUCACUAAGCAUCACCAACCUGUAACAAUGUCGAAACAGGAAAAACUUGAGAGCGAAAGCAUAAGCAGUAAAGACAAUCAGAAGAAAACAAACAAAGAUAAGAAAAACACAAAAAAUACAAACAAUGACUAUGGCAAAAUAGAUAGUCAAAGCGAACAGAACAACACUCACCUCAAACCGAAUAAUAACAACAACAAACACAGUAACAACAACAACCACAACAAACACAGUAACAACAACAACAACAAACACAGUAACAACAACAACAACAACAAACACAGUAACAACAACAACAACAACAAACACAGCAACAACAACAACAACAACAAACACAGUAACAACAACAACAACAACAACAAACACAGUAACAACAACAACAACAACAAUAUCCAACAUCACAAUAACAACAACAACAACAUCCAACAUCACAAUAACAACAACAACAACAUCCAACAUCACAAUAACAACAACAACAUUCAACAUCACAAUAACAACAACAACAACAUUCGCAGCAAGAACUCCAAGUCGGCGGAAGACGGUCACGACCUGUUAGCUCCUACCACGCCUCCAAGUAUCAAUGCCAAUGCAAAUGUUGCGAACUAUAACAUAACCCCUCCCCCUACUCCACCGUCAAAGAACAACAACAACAAGUAGAGGCAAAACCAACGCGGACUGACCGACAUACAGCCCUGUUUUUACGAUUCGACUUCUCCAUAAUAAGCUGCUGAUCAUAUAGCUUCUCUCCCGAUUGUAAUGGACGGAAAACAUUCUAUAAUUUCUUAUCUGACGCGCCUGUAUUCAAAUUAAGCUUCUUUUAAUUUUCUAAUUCUAACCUACAUUGUAUAUUGAAUAUUUGCUAUGUGUUGAUUAAAAAUGGUUUGAUUAUAGCAUCAAAAUACGAAGACAAGAAAAAUGAAAUGAGAACAGAAUCUCCUUCAGAGGAUAUAUUGUUCAUGAUUAUGUGUAACGUUAAAGAAAAUAAAGACAGCAAUCUAUCAGUCAAACAAA